CAGAUUCCUUUUCACCGGCGCCGGCCCAAUAUGCUUAACUAACUGUAAAAUAUUUCUUUGCGAUCGUCGUCGCUGGUUUUAAGACAGUUAGCCAUAUAGUCAUUGGCAUGACACACAAUAGUAUCGGGCCCACAGCGUGCUGCCUUCAUUCGCCCGAGCGCCAACAUUCCGUUAACAGUCUCUUCACUUUUCAACGCAACUCGGUCAAAGACAAUUCUAUAAUGCGAAAAAGUUUGUAACGCUUCUAUUAAACGGACUAAUAAAACGUGAACGCAUCGUAAUUUGACAGUGAAUUUGGCGGGAAGUUGAAAAUAAAAUGGCGCGCGCAUUUUUCGUGAUUUUCGCUCUUAUUUUGGUUUUGUCUCCUUGUGAAAUGUCGAGGCGGAAGAUUAAGGAUUAUCCUACGGAUAAGCAGCUGACUUUGCAGAGGAAGGAGACGACGCCAGUGGAUUUCACAAGAUUAGUGGUGAUGAGAUUGGUGUACGGUUUCGCGAAAGUUCUUGGCUUCGAGGAGCCAAUUGGUGAAGUGAUGAACGGUGCUUUCGUGCCUCCAGGAGCUGAUGAUGAUGACUUUGAUGACGAUGACGGUGACUUCUUCGAUGACUAUUAACUUCAAGUGCAGUGCGCGCCUCUUUUCGAUACCAAAUAACUCGCAUUUACUCAUUUAAUGUCUUUGUAAAUUAUUUAUUAACUUAUUCAACUGAUUAUUUAUUGAAACUUAAUUUAUUUUAGUGUAAGAUUGUUUUUAAGUGAGUACAGAAUGAUAGAUUUCUACGUUAUAAGGAAACGCCUGUAUUAUUAAUAGACUGUCUAUACUAUAGAUAUUUAAUUAUU